AUGGGCCAAAACUCUGAAACCGAUCAUAUCAACAACAAACUAGAGCUUAUUGCACAUUUUUUCCUCAUCUAUUUGGGCCAUUGCAAGUUACUUGCAGAUAAUGCGAAUGUUAAAUUCAAAGAGAUUUCUCGCAAGAACAUCGAGUUCAAAGUGAGUAUCAAUGGCGCAGUUGCAUGUCAAAGACUGCAGUGCAAAUGCUGCGACGUGUUGGAGGUGGUCUUAAUGGACAUGAGUGGCAGCCAAAAGUGCAUGGUCUCUGUGUGCAGCGACGAACAGCCGAUCCGGCAGGAAAUAUUCAUAUAUGACCGGGAUCUUAUCAGCAACAAUGAAGAAGUGCCAUUCCCGCUUGAAAAAUAUCGGAUUGGCGAGUUCUACAGUCCCAAAGUCGACGCAAGCCUGGAUGCAAAAUUUCGUCUUAGAAGCAGGACUUCUUCGGGGAAAAAUCAGACUGGGGAGUCCGAACAGUCCAAUAUGAGCUCUUCUGGGUAUGCAGCGGUUCAUCAGAGAUUGGAAAAACUCAAGUUCGGCAACCCUCCGUUGUCGGCAUCGCAUCGGUCGGCACACCGCCGCAACAGUAUCUCAGAUAUGCCCCGUUUCGACGACGAGUACGAGGUUAAUCAAAGCUCUGGAAUUCCAGUCACAGGCGAAUUUGGAGUUCCUGGCUUAGCGUCGGGCUACGGAGACCGGGAUCUGUACCCAGGUGGGCAAAAGUACCCUAAUUUGCAGGAUCCAGCAUCACAGUUUCCAAGCACCCAAGGUCGACUACGGGGCCAAGGUGGCAUGAUAUUUGACCCAUCCAAAAGUAAUCCUGACGAUUCUUGGUCCGAUCCACUGCGUGGAGACCCAUCGUCGACGGGAGGUCCCAAGCCUCCAUUUCCUGGUGCUCGUUUUGACGAUCCGUUUGGCAGACAAAAUUAUCAAGGUGGGGGUGGAGGAGGUUUUAUUUGA